CCGGACCACUCUCUGCUCUUAUAUAGUUGUAUAUAUAUACAUUAAAGCGUGGAUAUUGGAAGAAAGAUCUAGUCUUAUCAGCAGCAGGCGCAGACUCGAGCUUAUUCUCUUGCAAUGUGUACGCAUGGAACAAAGCAGGCAAGCCGCAGCUGGAGCUCUUUUCGUGCUGAGAGGGAGUAUGAGGAGAGCGGGCUGGCUGGCUGGCUGGCUCGUUUCAUGCAAUAUGCCGUGACCUACCUACUCAGAUAGAUCUAGAUAAUGAUCUAGCUCCCUCUCGGGCGCUCAGAAGGUACUGAGCUGAGCUGAGGGUAUAAGGGCCGACUUACCUGGCCAGAUAGAUAUAUAGCACUACGUAUACGGCUAGAAAGAGCUUCUGCCCCUCCUGCCUCUGCCUGGUGGUGCCUCAAGAGCUCCAAGUGCCCACCUCCUCCCCCUCUCCUGGGAAUGACAAUGCUGGUACAUCCAUCGUCAUGUUUAAAAUCCUGGACUGACCUGUAGAGUCCAGCUAUUGAUCAGAUGCAGCAAGCAAGCAAGUGAGGAGUGCAUCCUUAUCCGCAGUCAGUCAGGGCACCCUCGAGCCUAAUUUCCUCGCUCCGGACAGAGCCGUCUGCGAAUUUGCCUUGCUUCCGGGAUCUAGCCACACACUCGAGAGGGAGGAGAGAGAGAGAGAGAGAGAGACGGCAGCUCGGCAUCACUGCGAUUCUUCCAGUGCAGUGCUUACGUAAGGCAGCUAGAAGCCGGUUUUAUAUUGGAAUCGGCUACUGAUAGAUUUCAGCUGAUCUGCUGCUCUAGAUUGUAGCUGGCCAGCAGCAACGUGAAGAUGGUUCAAAGCCGGGGAUUCUAGCGUCUCGGACGUCGAACAUUCAUGUCUUCUUCUAGCCCUGCGUGAAUCUGCUCAAUCCGACGAAUCAUCAAUUGAGCCGCAUCUUCACAGGUUCGAGUUCGACACGCACAUUUCGUCGCGGCCAUUCAUCGACUGAACCAAUAAUGCACUCAAUGCCGUCUCCAGUGAAUGUGCAGUCCUUCGACACGCUCUUGUAGCGGUGCAGAAAACCAUUUGAUUCAUAGAAACAGCUGCUGUACACUGGAAUCAGCUACUUUCUAGCUCGGGGAGAAAUCAAACCCCCACGCUUUGUGAUUUAGUGCAGUCUAGUGUUAUAGGAUUGUAGUGAGUGUGGAAUUGUGUGUGAGUUUGUGUGAGAGAGUGAGAGAGAGGGAGGGAGAGAGAUGGAGAUAGUAAAGGAAAGGAGUAGAAGCAGCAGCAGCAUGUUGUUGUUCAUCUGGGUCCCAUUAGAAGUCGUGGUGCUGCUGCUGUGCUUGGCGGCUCCAACGACGAGUUUGCCAUAUAUCGGCAAAGCGUUGGAGCCCGAGGGAGCACCGGAGGGCGAGGCGCAGCGGCUGCAGCAGGAGCAGCCAUUUCCCAUCGACAACGAAUCGCUGUUCGUGGACAUCAGCAAUAAUAUGGAGGCCGGGGAUUCGAACAGCGUGAUCAGCGUGGAUUGCGUGGCGGAGUCGAGCACUCGAGAGCCGCUGGAUUUUCUGGGCCACGGUAGCGUGAAGCCGAGCCAGGCUGUGAUUUAUUACAUGAAUCUCAGAGUCUUCACGCCGGACAUAGUCUCUUGUACCUUCGAGUGGUCCGGCAAGAAGAAGACGCUGGACAUGUAUGACAAUCGAAAUCUCGAGCUCCAGUACAAGUACGUCCGCUGGAGUGUCAUGGAGAAUGGCUUCUCCUUGUAUCACCCGGUCUCCGAGCGCUUUCACUUGUACAAGACCUGGAGCUGAUCGAGCUCUCUCUCUCCCUCUCUGCACAUGAUGCCGAGCAGGAGCAGGUGGUGAUGGUGGCUAGCGGUCAGGCUGCUGCUGCUGCUAUUUCAUUCUAUCGAUAUAUGUGAAUCAUGAAUCAGUCAAAUACUCGGUCGGAUACAAAAAGGCUUCCUUCCGAACACGAUUAUUUUACCAUUCUUUUGUCAUACCAUAAAAUUCUUGCGAUUUGCUGAUCCCAUCCGACGUAUAUGCCGCUGCUGAGGGAGAGAGACUCUCUGCAAGUCUCGAAAAGCGCACAUAUUCCGAGUGAACUCAUGACAGCAGCAGCAGCAGCUGCUGCUGCUGCUUUUCGUCUCUGUACACGUUACAUGGAUACAUGUGUUUGCGCUGGUCGAGCUCUCAGAGCAAUCUGCUCUUGUAUCUUCUUCUUGCAGCAACCACAAGAGGCUCCGGGCUUUUCCAAUUUGAAUGUACAUUCAUAAAUCCACC